UUAAUGGACUCCCCACUUCCCAGAUUCUCUUCAGCUCCUGCUCCCGCCCCUUGGCCAGGCUUUUUCGGGGCGCGGGGGAGGGGGGUUGCUGCUUGCCGCCGCCGCCGGUGCUCCCCGCCAGUCCUCCUCCUCCAGCCUCGGGCUGCCCUGGGGUCCUGCCCUUGUCUUCUUCCUCUUCCUACCUGCAAAUACUGGGAAUUCUUAAAAACUAGACCUUCCCUGAUGGAGGAUCUCCAUGAAGCAAAUGGCAGGUUUGCCAUCAACUUAUUAAAAAUGUUGGGUGAAGAGGACAGCUCCCGAAAUGUGUUCUUCUCCCCUCUGAGCAUCUCUUCUGCCCUGGCCAUGGUCUUCAUGGGGGCCAAAGGAAACACCGCCACCCAGAUGUCCCAGGUGCUUUGUUUGAACAGAGGCGGAGAUAUUCACCAAGGUUUCCGGUCACUUCUCACGGAGGUUAACAAAUCUGGCACUCAGUACUUGCUCAGAACUGCCAACAGGCUCUUUGGAGAGAAGACGUGUGAUUUCCUUCCCGCCUUUAGGGAAUCCUGCCAGAAGUUCUACGAGGCCGAGCUGGAAGAGCUGCCCUUUGCUGCAGACACGGAAGGAUGCCGGAGACGCAUAAACGACUGGGUGACGCAGAGGACGGAGGGUAAGAUUUCAGAGAUCCUGGGUGCUGGGACAGUUGAUCCGCUGACUAAGCUGGUUCUCGUGAAUGCCAUCUAUUUCAACGGAAAGUGGAAUGAGCAGUUUGACAGAAAGCACACAAGGGGUAUGCCCUUCAAAAUCAACCAGGAGAAAAAGACCGUGCAGAUGAUGUUUAAGCUCGCUAAAUUUAACCUGGGGUAUGUGGAUGAGGUGCACGCUCAGGUACUGGAGCUGCCGUACGUGGGGCAGGAGCUGAGCAUGGUCAUUGUCCUUCCGGAUGACAACGCCGAUCUUGCCUUGGUUACCCGUGACUCAGAGGCUUGAGCAACGUGAUUUGUUGUCUCCCAAUUCACGGUUCAGUAGGUCAGUAGACUUGACUCUGCCCAGUCUUACAAGGUCAAAGUCAGAGCGCCAGCAGGGCUGCCUCCCUCCUUUGAGGCGGCUCUGAGGUAGACUCCAUUUCAGGGACAUUCAAGUUACUGGCAGCAUUGAGCUCUACAUGGUUGUAGGUACAAAGUUCCUGUUUCCUUCUUAGCGGUCACUGGGGUCUUUCUCCUUCUUCCAUUUUCCAAGCCAGGGAUAGAAGUCCAGUCCAUCUUAUGCUUUUGUAGGGUAGGAAAACUUGACCUCCACCCAUCUUAGGUUUUCACUGAGACUCUUUAACAAAAAGACAGAUUAGCAAGAGAAAAGCAGCUCACUAAUGCAUGCAUUUGUAUAUACUAUGACCAGAUAUCCCACUCCUGCUUCCCUACUAGAGAAACGAAAUGUUCAAAAGACAUGUGAAAUAAUGCUCAUAGCAAUAUUGUUUCUCAUGGCAAGAAAAAACGUUGAAAAAACCCCCUAGGAAAAAUGCUGAAUUAUUAAAAUGAAUAAAUUAUGUUGUAUUCAUACAAUGGAAUCAGGGUCAUCACCUUGCUUAGCUCUGGGGCACUUUUCACAUUGUUAGCACCUUUCAUAUAGAUUGUAAUGUACUGGUGUCUUCCGGAGGUUGUACAAAUUUGUAUGGAAUACCAUAUAUUGGGAAAAAUGAAUUAAUCACAGCUAUCAGCAUAAAAUAUAAUGCAGAGCAAAAAUAAAAGGUGUCAGUUGCAUUUGCACAAAGUUAAACAGUAAGCAAACUGAUCAUGAUGCUGUUAAGAUAUAUAUACAUCUACAUGUAUAUAUAAAGCUAUAAAAAAUACAGGAAUUUUUAAUGCAAAAUACAGGAUACUAUUAAAUUCAGGGCAGGGAAAGAAUGUGAUCAGUUAGGUCAACAGGAAGCUUCAAAGUUAUUCAUGAUACUCAGUUUCUUAAGCCAAAUAGUGGAUAUUAGAUGUUUGUUAAAUUUACUAUUAACCUUUAAAUAUAUCCAUUGGUAUCUCUGUUGGGUUGUAUGCAUGAUACAUUUCACAGUAAAAAGAAAUUUAACCAAAGAAUGGAGAAAUCAUGGUAUAAUAUAGUGUGAUAAAAAUGCAGUUAGCUAAGAAAAUAGGACUGUUAAGUUUAAUAAUCAAACUAAAUGUAACUUCCCUAUUAAAAGACAAAAAUCUUUCAGAUUGAACAUAAAGAACAGUAUUUUGCAAAAUGUGGUUUUCAAUAAUCAUAUCUCAAAUAAAGUGACGUAAAAUGAGCAAAGAUAUAUCAGGCAAAUUUAAACAAAAGGACAGUAGGUGUCGAGCUAUCUCAGAAAAACUAGACUUUAAGGAAAUGAAUUGAAAGGAAGAAAUGCUGUCAUUUGAUACAGAAAAGGAAACAAUUCACAGUGAAGAUAAAUUUAAACUUCAACGUGCCUCUUUCAAUACUGGACAAAUGAACACAGAAAAACAAAUAAUAAAAACUAGACAAAAAAGCUCAAUAUUACACUGUACUUCACACGAAGAGCCAGUUUUGUACAUCUUUACAUUUCCGAAAGUAAGAUGUGUCUGGAUGUCAUUGUCAUUCUGUACCUGUUUUUAGUCGUAGUUUUUAUUUUUUUCACGUCAAGUUAUUGGUGCUAUAUGUGUUGCAUAUAGUUGCCAUUAAUUUUUGAAGAUUAUGUUACUACUUGGCACGAAAAAAUUACUGUGAAUGCCAAAAAUUAUUAAAGUGGAACUGUGAUGUGAAAUCUGAUUUUAGAGAAGUGAUUCCUUAUGUUUGGUGGAAUGAGUAAAAAUCCCCUAUUCUGUUGCAAAGCAGUGACCAUGAUUUAUAAAACCUAAGGAAGGGCAAGUAGAAGAAGCUGUGCUAUAGGAUUACCCAUCAGCUGCUGACAUCGAAGCUUGCAGAAAGGGUGUCAGCAGCCCAGAAGAGAAUCCUAAAGACACUAGCUAGUGCUCUGUCUGCUCAUGGUUGGUGGGGUUUGGUGAUGGCCACAUACCAAAGUUUCUGAUGGCGCAAUAAACAACACCGUGACAAAAAACCACGAACAUCUAUGCUUUUAAGCCCCAUAACUAUUUAAAGAGUCAAAUUCUGAACAGGCUUCAAGGUUAUUUUGUAAUUUAUUUUGCAAAUAUCUGAUUUUAUGUUUGAACAAGAAGUAAUAAAAUACACAUCUAAAUACACCUAAAAGAACUCUCAACAUUGUUGUAAAAUAAAAAUUCAAGUGAAAUAAGUUAUUGUAUCCUAAUGUGAUUGGCACAGCCUUUAUUUCCUUAGCAAUACAUGAAAUAAUAAUGCAUUUUAGAGCUGAGAUCAUUUUGGAAUUGAUGAAUUGUGGUACAAUUGAUGUGAUUAUUUCUUCCUUUCCUAUCUUCCUGUCUAGAGGACAUCAACAUCUAGUGUUGAACUCUCUGAAUUGAUCAUGGACAGCUCAACUUUUCUGUUUUCCAUUCUUAAAACCAGAGAGAUUUCCUGAAUAUUUUAUCCUAGUCCCUCUAUUGAUUUUUUUUGGGUAAUUAUGUUUUAAAUUUCACAAACGUUCUAGCCUUUUGAUAACUUCUUUUUCAUAUGGGUCUGUGUGUGUGUGCGCGCAUGCGAGUCUGCGUGAUGAAUUCUUGAAUUAGCGAACAAUACUAAUUGGAAUUUGUAAUAUUCUUGUCUAAAUUGUUUCCUCCUGUUCUUUCUAUAUUAAACCAAGGAUAUUCUUCAAAGCUCGUUGUAAAGUUUGUCCAUUCCUAUCCAGCAAUGUAUAAUUUUGAUUAUUGGCAACUCAUUUCAGUCAUCUCUACUGUUAUAUGUGUCUAGGUAAAUCUAUUUCCUCAGUAGCCCUCCCUUUAAAAAGUGUGCUUAGUUGAGAGGCCUCAUGUUUGUGGAAAAGUGUCCCAACUUGCAUCUGUCCCAGAGAACAUACAGGCAGAGAAGCCUGGCCUGGCUGCCCCGUUUCCCACCAACUCCACUCUCCUGCCUCCUACCUUAACUCUCAAAGUUCAGAAUCAGAUGAGUUCUCUUGGACUCUAGGGUCCAUAUUAAAAUCUCUCUCAGGCCAGAUUUUCAACAUUUCUUUACAAAGAAGUUCACACUAUUCUGUAUGCCCCAGAGAGCAGUUCUAGAAUGCCCAUCACUUCGUAGCAGGAAAGUGGGGGACAGCUGCAACCCCUGGAGCUCCGUCUCCCUCGGCCGCCUCUCCCUCAUUAUCCGCUGACUCACAUACCGAGCCUGUCUGGGCCAGUCUGUAUGUGGCUCAUGAGCACAGUGCAGAGUGGAUCAAAGACAGCGAGGCCCAUUCGAGGUCCCAGCAUCUGGUGACCUUGACCUUCAGCCCGGAUCGGGGCCACCUCAAUAACUGGGCAAAGAUGGCUUUGCAGAGCGAAGACUCCAGAGAUUGGCUCCAUGGAUGGAGAGGAAACAUUGCCAACAGUUCAGAAGUUACUAACGAAUUAUAUGACCUUGAGCAAGUUAUUUAGAGUCCUCUGUGUUCAGUCUCCUCCUUUGUAACGGGAAAGGGUUUGCCCAGACGAUCCCUAAGUACCUUCCACCUCUAAUGUUGUCUAAUAAGCGCGCAGCCCAAGACUACUCGGGGCCAUGUGCUUUACUUUCUUCAUUGAGAUUUUUCAUUACUUUGUAAGCUUUUGUUAUUUCAAAGAUGACUCUCCUUGUUAGAAAUCUAAGUUGGCUCUAGUGUGCUUGUUAUAUCGACACAUUUUUCAUUUCACUUAAAGACCUUGAUGACAGUUUUCUAGAGAGAGC